CGUGCACGGAGGCUGCGCAACCGGUACAGCUCCUGGAUGUGUGUAUAUAUGGGAGCGAGCGUGAGCGCCUCCCACGCCGAGGAGGAGGCGCUCAUGGAGGCGGUGUGUGAGGGCGAUGUCGAGGCCGUGAAUCAGCUCAUCGCGAAGGGUGUCGACCUCGACUGCUUCGACGACGAGCAGUCCCGGCCGCUGCACGUCGCCGCGCACCUAGGCCACGCCGCCGUGGCGUCGGCGCUUAUCGCCGCGGGCGCAGACUUGGAGUCGAAAGGGCAGCUCGAGGGCACGCCCUUGCACGCCGCCGCGUCCGGCAAUGAGAGCGGGCUCGCCGCGCUCCUGCUGGAUGCGCAGGCUUGCGUCGACGCGCGCGACGAGUCCGGACUGACCCCACUGCACCGCGCCGCGCAACGGGCCUCCUCUGCGCGGCUCGCUGCGCUGCUCCUCGAGCGCGGCGCGGCUCUUGAGGCGCGGAACGUGGACGAGUACACGCCGCUGCACGUGGCCGCUAUGUGCGGCCAGGCCGAGCUCCUGGGCGUGCUGCUCGACCGAGGCGCGUCGCCGGCGGCGCGCACGCUGCAGGGCGACGCGCCGCUCGACCUGCUCCGGCGGUGCGGCGACCGGGGCGGCGGAGGAGCAGCAAGCCCCGCUCUCGCCGAGGCGAUUCGGCGGCUAGAGGCGGCGGCCGAGCGGGCCGCCGGCGCAGGGUCAGAAAAGUAAUAUAUCUUUACUUCCAACACCCGGACGUUCCCAGGGUGAUGGAAGGUUCGACGC